AUGCCAAAAGUAUGCACAAAGCAUCCACUUCUUAGUAAUCCAAUAAAAUGGUUAAAAAAUAACAAAUAUCACUCAGCUGAGUUUUAUUCGACAUCAUAUUAUGAUACAGAUUCAAUUAACUCAAAUCCCUUUGCACAAGCACUCACAGAUACUAAAAUGGAUGGAUCAAGAAUCCGAUACCCUAAAGGUCAAAUGGUACAGUUGGUGGUAGAUGAGUACUCAGAGGUAACAUCUAUAGAUGCUGCACGAUUAUCCGAAAGUAAGAAGUAUUUCCUUGUGCCUUUGAUUAAUAAACCAGAACAAAACUCGGUACUUUAUCCAUCGCAUUACAUAUUGAAAAAUCAGCAUUAUAUUGAUUACAUAGUGAAAACAAAUCAAUGGAGGAAAUACGUGCCACAGAAAUUCAGAUUCAAAAACGAUAAAGCCUUAGGAGCAAAAGUUAAUAUCUUACCAGAUAUUGCUAAGAUAAUUCCCCACGUUUAUGAACAAAAUAUAAUCAGGUUGAUGUCAGAAACAAGAAACUUAGAACCUUACAAAGGCCUGUCCAAAGAAAGUGGUCUUGUUUUAAGUUUUUCCAAAACCUCAAAUGAACCUGCAAUUUCCUUCCACAAUUCGCUUCCUAUUGUUAAUAUGAAGAGGAUUAUAUCAAAAAACGAAAUUAACUUACAAAAUGAAGAGUCAUUUAUUCCCUUCGAUGGAAAUAGUGAUUUGUGCUUUAACAUUUUUUCAUUAGCAAGUUAUUAUAGUUAA